UCCAAACCUUAGUCCCAAAAGAUAUUGAGGUCGGCUAACAUGUAUCGAUACAUGAUAUCACCACCAAAAGGCUUCUAGUUCCUACUCGCUGACUCGCUGUUGUGAUUUGCUAAAGUUGUAGCUUGAACGCAGUAGCUUGAAGCCUUGAACGUUGACUCGCUUUCAGUUUCCGUCUUUGUAGCUUGAACUUAGUUACGCAGGGGCAGACCGCUUGAGUUGGGACUUGGGGUCUUGGCGUUUUGGCUUUUGAGGAGUUGUGUUGUGGGCUGCCCCAGGAAAGGAAUUUUGGGAUUGGGCUGGCACAAGGGAAAGGGUUAAGGUAAAGGGCUUUUGGGAUUAGGCUGCAGGGGCUCAACUAAUUAAAUAUUAAUAUAUGUAUAUAUAUGUAUAUAUAAAAAAAUCACUGCAGGGGCACGAGCACCCCCGAGCACUAGGCUGGUUCCGCCCCUGCCCGAGUCCACCCCUAUGUCUGAGGUAGAGAUAUGUUUUGUUGAAAUAGACUUCUCUGUCUGUUCCUGCACAGGAUGCAAUAGAUGGGCUGGCUUGCUAGAAUGGCUGUUGGCAUAGAUUUUCCAGUUCUCUUUGCUAGAGUGGUGGGAGCAGGAGGCUGGUUUAUUGAUGUUGCAGUGGCAAGAUUCCAGGAGGCACUAUUCAAGAGGGAGGUAAAGGUGUGUGUACCAGAUGGUGUGCAAGAUGGAAACGCCGCAAAGGAUAACUGGUUCUUUAUUCAAGACACGCUAUUGAGUGCUAAGGGUCGUAAUGUGUGCGUGGAGGUUGUUACAGUGGAGUUCAUUGGGAGGGUUAGAUUGGUGCGAUUCAUCCAUGUUGCCGGACAUGUUCCAGAAAAACAAGGGUGGGCACGUAGCAUCGGCCCUAUCAUCCAGAGGCGGACCGUAGUACAGAUUCAGGGGGGCUGCCGCCCCCCCAACAAUUUUUUUUAGUGUUGAUAUAUACAAAAUUUUUAUUUUUACCCCCCUAACAUUUAAUUCUCGCCCCUCCAAGAAAAAUUUUGAACCCCCCCAAAAAAUAUUUUCUCCCCCAAAGCAUAGCCCACUCGCAGAAACUCAAUUGUUUAAGAGCCUAAAAAAUAGAAAUUUUACAAGUAAUAUUAUAUCAACUCACUCCAAAAUUUAUUCCCCAUUAACCCACCCCAAAAUCUAAUCCCAGCCCACUGCCCAGACCAAACUAAUGAAAAACAUGCGCACCUAGAAGAAAGAAACGGAAAGAUCGAUUAUUUUUAAAUGAUUGUCCUUAUGCCUACUAUGUUCAUUGUUUAGCACAUCAGUUGCAAUUAGCAUUGGUUGCUGCUUCUAGAGAGGUGAAAUAUGUGCAUAAUUUUUUCAUCGAUUCAGUCUUUAUUAUUAAUGUGACUAAUUCUUCUUGCAAACGAAGUGAUGAAUUAAAG